CUGACCGCUGUUUGCUGCCCCUCCCCAGAGAGCGCCAUGGUUCUGGAGCUGCUGAUGUCUCUGCCAGAGGAGCUUGCUCUGCUGGACUGCAGCCGCCUGCACAGACACCUGCUCCAGGUGUACCGGUAUGUGUCGGCCCCUGCCCACUCCAAAGCGGCCAGAGAAGCUCUGGGGGCUCUGAGGGCGGGGCUCUCCGCUCAGGUGGAGGCGCCCGCCCCGGCUGCUGACCACGGAGGGACGAGCAGCCAAUCAGGGGACGCGGACACGCUGGAGGCCUGCCCCCCUCUCAACCCCUUCAUGGUGCCAGUGAAACUGCUGAUGCAGAGCGCCAUGGUUCUGGAGCUGCUGAUGUCUCUGCCAGAGGAGCUUGCUCUGCUGGACUGCAGCCGCCUGCACAGACACCUGCUCCAGGUGUACCGGUAUGUGUCGGCCCCUGCCCACUCCAAAGCGGCCAGAGAAGCUCUGGGGGCUCUGAGGGCGGGGCUCUCCGCUCAGGUGGAGGCGCCCGCCCCGGCUGCUGACCACGGAGGGACGAGCAGCCAAUCAGGGGACGCGGACACGCUGGAGGCCUGCCCCCCACUCAACCCCUUCAUGGUGCCAGUGAAACUGCUGAUGCGUAGAUGA